AUGGAGAAAUUCAUGUUUACAACAACUCUCCAUACACUAACACUACUACUACUAUCAUGCAGUGCCCACUCGGUAACCGCCACGCUGCGUUGCGGGAACUGUGGCCCCACUCCGGUGCCAUAUCCGCUAAGCACCGGACCCUGGUGCGGCGAGCCGUGGUACAGGAUCCGGUGCACCGCAGGCACACUAUGGCUGGACGCUCUGAACAACUCCUCCUACGCCAUCACAUCCAUCAACCAGGAAACCCAACGGAUCACAAUCCGACCCGCCAGCUUCGCCCCGAACACUUGCCUGUCAAGCGAUUUCCACAGCCAAGGCAUUCAGCUGGACCCUAACCUCCCCUUCAACAUCACGAGCAGCAACACCGUCUUGCUCUUGAACUGUACAGACGCCAUGUUGAAUUUACAGGCGCCGAUAAACUGCUCGUCGAACAGCCUGUGCCACAGCUUCAUCAGGGACAAUGCGGUCGCGUGUACGCGAGCACCGCUGUGUUGUACGUUCAGGACUGGUGGGUCCCAGACUGCUUACAUCAUCAUGGUCUACGGAGGAGGGUGCUCAGCGUAUCAGAGCUUUGUGAAUGUUGAUGGUCCACCAAGUGGUGCAGUGGUUGGUGUGAAGAAGACGAAGUGGCCUGAGCCCGGUGUGGAGCUGGAGUGGGUUUCGCCGGGAGGGCCCAUUUGCAAGAGCCCUGUGGAUUGCAAGGACUUGUUGAAUUCGAAGUGUUUGGUGGAUCUGAGUAGUGUGGGGGCAGAGGAGGUGCUUCUGCAAUGGUGGGUUCAAAUGGGACUUCAUCAAUGGUAUGGCAAUGGUUGUGGGAGGAGUUGUGGGCAUAAUGGGGAUUGUAGGGUACACCAAACGUCACCGUUUGAAGAGAAAAGCACAAAAGGGUUUGAUGAAGAAGCAGGAGCGGAAGAUAUUAUCUUCGAAAAUCAGGUGAUGAAGGAAGAGAGGUUCAUGGAUGUUGUUGAUCCAGUUAUUAAAGAGGGCGCUAGCGAGUUAGACUUGGAGACAAUGAAGGCACUGGGAUUUCUAGCAGCAUCAUGCUUGGAUGAGCAGAGGCAAAACCGUCCUUCGAUGAAAGAGGUUGCUGAUGAGAUUGAGUAA